AGGGGCGGGGCGCAGGCGGAGGCGGGCGGAGGGGUCCCUGCCGUCCCCGCGCGCCCCUCCGCGCCCCCUCCCCCUCCCGCCGGCGGCGCUCCCGGCCCGGCCCGGCGCGGUCCCCCGAGACUCGGGCCGCGCCGUGAAGAAGCGGGAAGGAGGCGGCUGCCCGAUUUGUUUGUAAAUGCAUCAUAAACAGACAGCCCAGAAUGAAGAAAGCAAGCAGGAGUGUUGGCUCAGUGCCCAAAGUGCCUGGAGUAAAUAAAACUCAAACAACUGAAAAAGCCAAACCAGAAAACGGCUCCUCAGUGUCUGCAGUAACAAAACUCUCCAAAACCGGGACAUCAGCAGCUCUUUUGAAGAGUUUCCAAAGUGUGUGGACAAUGAGCACAGGAAGAAACUGUGAGACCCACCCUUCUGUACAGCUGAACGCUGUUCCAGAGACUAAGAGUAAUGAUGACCUCUUAGCGGGGAUGGCAGGUGGCGUGACAAUGACCAAUGGUGUGAAGGCAAAGAAGAGCACUUGUGUAUCAACAGCAUCUUCAGCAUCAGGGACAGCCAUGAACAGUCUGGAAAAUAAGCCCAAAACUAUUGCAGGUACAAGUUCCACAACUAAGCGUAGCACUUCAUCUGGAAAUAAAGAGUCAAGCUCUUCUAGAGAAAGAAUACGCGAUCGUUCUCGUUUAAGCCAGAGCAAAAAGCUGCCUUUGACUGGACAGGGGACCAAUGAUACGGUACUAGCAAAACGCUCCCGUAGUCGCACCAAUCCGGAAUCUGAUAUUCGAAUGAGCAAGUCCAAAUCAGACAAUCAAAUCAGUGACAAAGCUGCCUUGGAAGCAAAGGUGAACGAUCUUUUGACAUUAGCAAAAACUAAAGAUGUGGAAAUCUUGCAUCUAAGGAAUGAAUUAAGGGAUAUGCGUGCUCAGCUGGGACUUAACGAAGAUCAACUUGAAGGUGAUGAAAAAUCUGAAGAAAAAGAGGCCAUUGUUGUCCAUCAGCCAACUGAUGUAGAGUCUACGUUGCUACAGUUACAGGAACAAAACACUGCCAUCCGAGAAGAGCUCAACCAGCUGAAGAAUGAGAACAGAAUGUUAAAAGACAGACUAAAUGCAUUAGGCUUUUCUUUAGAACAAAGGCUGGACAACUCGGAAAAACUCUUUGGCUAUCAGUCUUUGAGUCCAGAGAUUACAGCUGGCAACCACAGUGAUGGUGGUGGUACUCUGACAUCUUCAGUGGAAGGUUCUGCUCCUGGAUCAAUGGAAGACUUGUUAAGUCAGGAUGAAAACACUUUGAUGGACAACCAGCAUAGUAAUUCCAUGGAUAAUUUAGACAGUGAGUGCAGUGAAGUUUAUCAGCCGCUGACAUCAAGUGAUGAUGCCUUAGAUGCUCCAUCAUCUUCAGAGUCUGAGGGUGUACCAAGUAUAGAAAGAUCUAGGAAGGGAAGCAGUGGCAAUGCAAGUGAAGUGUCCGUAGCUUGUCUGACAGAACGGAUACAUCAGAUGGAAGAGAAUCAACACAGUACAGCUGAAGAGCUCCAAGCCACACUUCAAGAGCUUGCAGAUUUGCAACAAAUAACACAAGAGCUAAACAGUGAGAAUGAAAGACUUGGAGAGGAAAAAGUAAUCCUUAUGGAGUCUUUGUGCCAGCAAAGUGACAAGUUAGAACACUUCAGCCGUCAGAUUGAGUAUUUUCGGUCCCUUUUAGAUGAACACCAUAUUUCAUAUGUAAUUGAUGAAGAUAUGAAAAGUGGUCGCUACAUGGAGUUAGAGCAGCGUUAUAUGGACCUUGCAGAGAAUGCUCGGUUUGAGCGAGAGCAGCUGUUAGGUGUUCAGCAGCACUUGAGCAACACUUUGAAGAUGGCAGAACAAGACAACAAGGAGGCACAAGAAAUGAUAGGGGCAUUAAAAGAACGAAAUCACCACAUGGAACGGAUUAUUGAGUCAGAGCAGAAAAGCAAAACAGCGCUAGCAUCUACCUUAGAGGAAUACAAAGCCACGGUAGCCAGUGACCAGAUUGAGAUGAACCGGCUGAAAGCUCAGUUAGAGCAUGAAAAGCAGAAAGUGGCUGAGUUGUAUUCUAUACACAACUCUGGAGAUAAAUCAGAUAUACAAGAUUUGCUGGAGAGUGUCAGGCUGGAUAAAGAAAAAGCAGAAACUUUGGCCAGUAGUCUGCAAGAAGAGCUGGCACACACUCGCAAUGAUGCCAAUCGAUUGCAAGAUGCAAUUGCAAAGGUUGAAGAUGAAUACAGAGUGUUCCAAGAAGAAGCCAAGAAACAAAUUGAAGACCUCAAUGUGACUCUAGAAAAACUUCGGACAGAACUAGAUGAAAAAGAGACUGAGAGAAGUGACAUGAAAGAAACCAUCUUUGAGCUGGAGGAUGAAGUAGAGCAGCAUCGUGCUGUGAAGCUUCAUGACAAUCUCAUCAUAUCUGAUUUGGAGAAUACAGUUAAAAAACUUCAGGACCAAAAGCAUGACAUGGAAAGGGAGAUAAAGAAUCUUCACAGGAGACUUCGGGAGGAGUCAGCAGAAUGGCGUCAGUUCCAGGCUGAUCUACAGACUGCAGUGGUUAUAGCGAAUGAUAUAAAGUCUGAGGCCCAGGAAGAGAUAGGAGACCUGAAGCGCAGAUUACAUGAAGCUCAGGAGAAAAAUGAGAAGCUCACUAAAGAGUUGGAGGAAAUAAAGUCACGCAAGCAGGAAGAGGAACGUGGUCGAGUGUACAAUUACAUGAACGCUGUAGAGAGAGAUUUGGCAGCUCUGAGACAAGGAAUGGGCCUGAGUCGCAGAUCAUCCACCUCCUCGGAGCCAACUCCUACUGUAAAAACACUCAUCAAGUCAUUUGACAGUGCCUCCCAAGUUCCCAGCCCUGCUGCUGCCACAAUUCCUCGCACUCCCCUGAGCCCAAGUCCCAUGAAAACUCCCCCAGCUGCUGCUGUGUCCCCUAUGCAGAGACAUUCUAUAAGUGGACCAAUUUCAGCUUCAAAACCCCUUGCUACACUGACAGACAAAAGACCAAGCUAUGCUGAAAUCCCUGUUCAAGAACAUUUGUUGAGAACAUCUUCUACCAGCAGGCCAGCAUCUUUGCCAAGAGUACCUGCUAUGGAAAGUGCCAAAUCUAUUUCUGUCUCUAGAAGAAGUAGUGAAGAAAUCAAGCGAGAUAUCAGUGCACCUGAUGGGGCAUCUCCAGCAUCUCUCAUGGCAAUGGGCACCACCUCACCACAGCUGUCACUCUCAUCUUCUCCUACGGCAUCAGUCACCCCUACAACCAGGAGUCGAAUAAGGGAAGAGAGGAAAGAUCCCUUGUCUGCCCUAGCAAGAGAAUAUGGAGGAUCCAAGAGAAAUGCCUUGCUGAAAUGGUGCCAGAAAAAAACAGAAGGAUAUCAGAAUAUUGACAUAACAAACUUCAGCAGUAGCUGGAAUGAUGGCUUGGCUUUCUGUGCAGUCCUCCAUACUUACCUCCCAGCCCACAUUCCCUAUCAAGAACUAAACAGCCAGGAUAAGAGAAGAAAUUUCACUUUGGCUUUUCAGGCAGCUGAAAGCGUUGGCAUCAAAUCUACUCUGGACAUCAAUGAAAUGGUGCGAACUGAGCGUCCAGACUGGCAGAAUGUCAUGCUGUAUGUUACAGCAAUUUACAAAUACUUUGAAACCUGAAACCCUAAUAAUUCAACAGAUCCAUGGGAUAGAACCAACAUGAGCUGGAAAUCUUACUGAAAUGCUAAUCCCCAUUUCACUGAAAACUGGCAACAUUUGAGUCCCCUCAAACUUCAGUGACACUGUCCUGGAUUGCCUCAGAUUGCUUCAGCUACUAAGCCUGGAAACAGCUGUUUAAAAGCAAGAACUUUUGCCACAGUGCUUGGAAUAACCCAAGUUAUUAAGCUAUUCAGAUUAAUUACGUAGCCUAAAGAGCCUGGACUACUUACGUGCUGCCUUUCCAGCCAGACUUCCUGAAGCUUUCUUACCUAGGAGAGUGAGAUGAAUGGGUCCUAUAGCAUAUAGGAGACUGAAUGUACAAAUAAAGCUUUGAGAAGGAAAAGGAUAACAUGGCAUCAUAUUACUGAACUUACUGUAGCAUCCUGAUACCACAGAGUCUGAAUAUUCUACCCACAGCAUAUGGCACCCUGAUACAGUAGAGUUCUUAAUAGUAAUUUAGUUACUGCCUUUACAGCUUUUUUCCCUCCUUUACAAUGUGCACAGUAUUCUAGGAAAACAAGCUUUUAUUCCAUAAUGACAAAUCGAGUGGAAAAGUGCUCUUGAUACCUCGAAGAAUUUGGCACAGAAGAACUUUUCAUUCUGAAGCUUCAUUAUAAGCCUACCUCUGUCACAGUGAUGUGGCUUCCAACUUUAUCUUACAGAUUGUAAAGACUAGCACAUACAGCUCCUGGUUUUCGGGGUACGCUAUACUUCAAGGAAUCUGUCCAGACUCCCUGUGCUUCCAUUAUAACAGAAAUGAAUCAAUAAUCAACCCUUGUAUGGCUUGUUCUUUCCCUUCUUCCACCCUUGCCUGUAUAGCACACACAGCUACCCCAGGCUUUACUCUACAGCAAUACGAGCAUAUGUCAUGGAUUUCUGUGGUAGAAUUUUGGAACUGGGAUAGCAUUUCCUCUGCAGAGAAGAUUAUUUUCAAUAAUAUGUAAUAAUGAAGUAGUUUGUCUCAAAAUCCAGCUUUGCCAUGUUUUCUGUGUUUUUUUCAUUGAUCUUGCACAUCCUCAUCUGACUGACAGAAGAUGAGGCAUUCUCUGACAAGAACUGUGGUGGAACUGAUGUAAUGUGUAUACACCCAGUAGUCUCAAAUAUUGUGUGGAAGUGACUCACUGUCACAAGGAAGGAAUUGAGAAACUUUAGUCUGCUCAACUUCUAUUUUCCUAAAAUGUACCUGAAUUCAUGUAACAGCUCUCGGGCAAAAGAGUUCAUGUAAGUGCCUUAGAGAUCAUUGAAUUGAUACAUCCUGGCACUUCAGGGCCUUGUGCAGAAUGUUAAAGGCUCAGAACGAUUUCAUAUAUCCAUUUGUCAUAAGCCAUUUGUUGUAAUCUUGUUUGUCAAAUCAAAGGAAAUCUUCACUCUAUCAUUGCUUCUGCCUCUUAUUUUUCUGAAUACUUAUCAGCAGUUAAGCCACAGCUGAACAUCUCAUUAAUAUUAAGCAGAAGCCUACUUUAGAAGUGAGUUCUGUAACAAAUGCUAUUUAUAAGCACAUGCUUUUUCAACACAGUAACCCUGUUAUAAAGAAAAUGAAUCUGCCAUUCCUAUGGUGCUCUUAUGACUGUUAAGGACAGUUUGAACGUCAUAGAUGUUAACCCAGUGAAUGCAACUGUGCUCGGCAUCUGUGAAACUUCAUCAUGGUAUAAAAGCACAGAUUUAAUUCAAUUAUUGCCAAAUCCAAAAACCUGUCAUCUGAAGUACAUAGUCCACGUGAAGAGUAAUAAUCCAGCAUGCUUCUAGCAGCUAGUAUCGUAUAAAAUAUACGCUUACGCUGGUACGUGCCUGUGAGAAUUAGUAAAAUCUGCAAAAUGACUACUUUAAUCCAUGCUGAGGGCCUUUGGAGAAGUUUUCAGAGCAGCAGUGCAUCAUACAUUCUUACGGUUCUUGAGAACCCUAAAAGUAGCUAGAUACCCUCAGAUUAUUAAUUGGGGCAUUUGAAGAGCCAACGUAAUCUAACAACAGUUGUUGCAAGAAAGGCUUCAAACGAAAAAUCUUCAUUAACAGAUUUUAAUAAAAGCCUGAAAUACAAUUUCCUCUCCCGUAAUUUCUUCAAAUAAUUUUUGUUUAUUUUUUCAAGAAAUUUCAAUAAGAGUAGUCUUAUUGGAAAUACACAUUAUUGCUAUCUCAUAUUCCAUCUUGUACUACUAAAUUCCAGGUUUUGCCAAUUUGUGUUUAAAAAAAACUUCUAUUCAUCCUCUGAGCAGACAUAUUUAUCUAUGAUUGUCCUAUUCAUUGCCUUAGAUUUUAAGAAAAUAUUUUCCUAAUGAAAAGGAUAGCAUUUCUUGGUCUAAAUUCUCUCAUUACCUGUUUUGUUAAGGUAAUUUGAGCUUUAAGCUGAUCUGGGGAUUUUUUUUUUUCUGUCCAAGGUUCAGCCUCAUUUAUCUGGAAUGUUUAUUAUUAGUCCCUAACUGAAAUAACACUAAUAAUAUAACCAUUUGUAGCAGGGAAAUAAUGUUUUCCAGAUUUUUCCAACCUUUAUGUUAAAAAGGUGAGCCGCUAGUCUUCAGAGAGAGAGAGCAUGAAAAGUUGUUAGUAAUUAUAAAAAUGAUCUUGUUUUGAACUUCAGAGCUCUGUAAACUUCUUGGUGUGACUGUCUGAUAAGCCUCUGCUAAAUUCAUGUCUGAAAAGGAACACUUAGCUUCUUGAAGAGGGUUUGGUUAUUUCUUUUUGUAAAUAAUGAUCUAUCUGAGCCUUUACAUAUAUGAUGCUGCACAGCUAUCCUAGUGGAAGUAAUGAAGUAAUGGAAGAUCUAAACCAAACGUAAUGCCCUGCUGCACUCUACAAUGUGUUUCCUUCUGAAUGUUCAAUCCACAUUCAAUUUUCCAAGAGGAAGAAUAGCUGUAGCCCUUCUGGACGUGGAUGAUACUGUUCUGUUUGGUUCCUACUCAUAGUAAAUCCUUAAACAGCUUGGGUUUUUUGUACAUAUGAAGUGCAAGUUUAUGCUGAUUUACUUUUUUUAAUCCAGAAAAUAUUUCUGAAUGUACUAAAAAGAGGACAAAUAUUUUCUCACCUGUUUAUAUUACUGCAUUUUAAUAUGUGCCUUGCCAAUGCCUGUGCUGUAGUAUAUCAGGGUUACUGACUGCCAGCUGUAGGGGUGGGGCUGGCAACAAAACGGAGCUGUCAAACAUAUUGAUGCACGUACAGCUAUGUCAUCUAGUGGAUCCUGUUUACUGAAACACUUCCAUAGAUUAGAGAGGUCAGUUUAGAGCCAGGUGUGUAUUUGGUUUGGCUAGUUGUCAUCCUGAUGCAAGAUCAUUAGCAUUGAAUUGAAUGAAGAGUUGUGGGGUUUUCUUUACUAAAAGAGAAGGGAUAAGGAAAAAAUUAGUUUUUGAUUAUUCAGGAAAUUUCUGUCAGAGAGGUUCUGAUUUGGAGUAUCUGACAAUAACAGAACUGAGGUGACUUCAGAAGGGGUUGCACUUGAUUUGGUUUUCAGUUGGUUUUGUUUGAUCCAGUUUGAUGUGGUUGUCUAUUUAAAUAGAACUACUAAUUCGGUCUCUCUGGUGUGAACCUCUGGCCCUCACGAAGAUCUCUCAUUCUCAUGCCUCCGAAAAAUUGAGAGUGCAAUUCUCCCUUUUACAAUUGUGUUUGUGGAUAGGUUAUCCAGAAUAUAGUAUUUAAUUACAGCAUAUUCUGAUUUAAAAGUGAUUAUUUGUGUCUCUUGUAUAAAAUAUAUUCCUCAAGUUACACCAUAGCAUUUCUGUAAAUUUUUUUCUCCAAUUUUGUAAAAUAUUUCAACUGUGGUUUUCUGUAAAGUCCAUCAUCAUGCUUUAGGAGCCCCUUAACUUGCUAGAACUAAAUGAACUCUGCUUUUGAUGUACUGGGUAAACUCAUUUAUAUUACUGGCAGCAGUUGCACCCUGGUUUUACAUGCAUGAGGAGAAAUAAAUCUGUCCCUUGCUCUGAUGAUGCAGUACAGUGGUUUAAACUGCUGAAUCUGCCUUAAGAAUUUUGUAGCUGUGACAGUUCUCAUUGGCAUCUCAUUUCUGUUAAUGAGCUCAAUGUUCUUACCUGUUUUUUCAGUUCGGAUUCUGUUGCAUCUUUUACUGCGCAUUUUCUCCAUUUCUGUACAGUUUUGGCCCAGGGUAAAAAAUUUAUUAUAACCAAGUUUUAAACAAGAUUAUUUGGGGAGUUGGAUGUAUGGAGAACUUCUGGGUGUUUUUCUUACCUUUGUAUUGUGUGUGACUGGUUUGGGAACACUGUCUUGAUUUUCAGGUGAUAAGUGACAAUAUCUUCCAAAGCUGCCGCUUCUGGAUGGCUGGCAUGAAGCUAUGCACAGGCUAAAGUUAAGCCUUUAAAACUGUGUUCAUGUGACUUUCUUUUUUUGCCUCUUGCAACUAAUACAAUCACAGCUUAACUACCAACUGCAUCAAGUAGGAGCUAUUAAGGGGCAGAAUUCUUCUGGGAAGGAAUCCGGCUGUACAACUUUUACACUUUUUUGCCUAUUGUGAGUAAUAUUCUUGCUGAGGUGGUCUAAGAAAGAGGAUUUUUAAAUAGUAGUGUUCAUGUACAGACUGAUUUAACUAUAUAGUUUUUGUGGUUCUUCCCUUGACUUGGUAAAUAUUUAUUUCUGUUUUACUUUUAUGUUCUCCAAACUAUUUCUGCAGUUCCUUUCUUUAAGUUAGCAUUAGUGUAUGAAUCCUCAGUAAUAUUAACCAGUUUGAGAAAUGAUUUGGUGAGAAGUGGUAUUAAAGUGUAGUCAUCAUCCACAAGUUCUGGACAUGCCAGUGUGCUUUCCCAAGCUAGUGUGUGUUGAUUGGCAAAACAUGUUAGAGCUGCUUAACUCUCCUCCCAUAUAGCCUACAUCACUCCAGGGUGUCCAUCAGGUGUUCUUGCCCCCAAAUUAUCAACUCCUUGGGUGAGUUAAGGGUUCAUAGACAUCUCUUCAUAUAUUUAAUUGUCACUAUUUAGAAAGGUAUCUUUAAUGGUGUUUCUGCUUUCAAGGGAGAGUGGCUGGACAGGUUUUUAAUUACUGUCUGGCUUGCUGAGCCAGUCCUUCAUUCAUCCAAGUUUUUUUCUGUUGUAUUCCCUGAUUUCAUUAUCCGUUGUAAUUGUCAGAGCCAAGAUGUUAAGCAUCUGGAAUAUGUAGCAAGUAUGCUUUUGAUAAUUAAUGCUAAAUAUAACUUAAAAGAUCAGGGCUUGUACAGUUCUGAUUUCUGUUAGUGUUGAUACAAGUGUCUUUUUUUCCUUAUGUAUUCGUGCUUGCCAGUUUUUGGGAUACAACACCCUUGAACUCAGUUUGACAAGGCCGCUAUCCUAGCCUCUUUAAAUUAAUUCAUUCUGCAAUAACAGAAUUAUUUCCUCACACGGAAACUUCAGUAAAACCUAUGAAUACCAGAUGACUUCCUUCCAACUGACAUUAGCUUUUACUUGGAAUAUUCCUUACCCUUAGGCCACUGUCUGCCACAGAAUUGCACAUAAAGUUCCCAUCAGUUUCAUCAGGACUUGUGGAUGCAGAACAGUAGGGUAAACUUUUGGCAGAAUAUUACAACAGCCUGAUGCAAUUAAGCUGGUUUUAUUUUAAUCCCCUAUUUUCAGGGGGUUUCAGUUUAGCCAGAAUCACUUACUCGGAGCUGAAAUGUGGCAUGUUUGUUCUCCACUGGGAAGUAUGCUUCUGUUUAAUAUUAUUUUUAUGAGAUUGUAUUUAUGGAAAUGGAAAGAAAAACGUCAUGAAGCUAGUUUUGUUGCACUUUUCUAAGGCUUUUGUAUUUUGCAUAGAGUUCUAGAAUAUUGAACACGUUGUUUGGGGAAGUCAAGGCUUAAAACCUACUCUGCCCCAGCAUAGCAAUGCAUUACGUGUAUUUUCAUUCUAGUGAUAUCUGUAUUAUUUUAAUUGCAUGUAACUAGUGUAUUUAUAUGGUAGUUAGGAAGCCCAGUGGACAUUUCCUACUGCAGAGGAGCCACUGGCCGUCCUGGUUCCACAGUUCAUGAACGGACCUGUUUUGGCAGUAGACUGUAUUUGCAAUAAUGGAAUAGUCAAUUUUUGUUUCUGAACUCUGUUUCAACAAAUGGGAAGAAAGAGGUGGCUCUCCUUUUGUUCCAUUGCUGAAAAUUUCUUCGGAGGCUUUCACUGGUUUCCAACUAUGGCAUAUGUUCAAUUAGGAUGAUUACUUGGGAUUCGGUUCAGUGAAGAGGGCACAAGUACAGCAUACUCAAGUAAUUAAUCCUUGUAAUUUACAACAUUUCAGUUUAUUAGAAGCUUUUGUUUUUACAUGUAUUGUAAGGUAAAUUUUACUGUUUUUAAGUAGCACUUUUAUACAUAUCUGAAGGGGGGUUUUGGACAGAAUUGGGGUUUUUUUCUUUGUUAUCUAAUGAGAAGAAAGUGUAACACUACUAAACAAAGCGUAGACUAGUUAGCCUCCAGGAUUUAUGUUCAGUUUAGGUCAGUAAUGAUCUAGAGUUGUUCAAUGUAUGUGAAAGAUAUCCGUGAUUCCUUUUAAUACUGGACAACUCUCCAGAUCAAAGUCAGAAGGGCAUUAAUUGGUACCCUCCAACUCUCAAAUGAGGGUACUUUCAGUUCACGUGUGAGGCAGAAUUGACAGAACAGUGUGAUGAAUUUUGGAUUUUGUGUAAGAACAGAAUUUUGUUGAAGUCUCUUGGUCUAACUUCGCAGCGCUAUACUGGGUAAGGGCUAACCUUGUUUGAGAUGACGCUGCCGCCAGUAAUGACAUCUCCUUAACAGCUAAUUUAAAGCUCAUUUUCUAUGGCCUUUAAAGUUGAUUUAAAAAACAGUGAUUCUUAAAAGCUUUUCUCGUUCAUCCAGCUUUCCUGAUUUGUGUUGGUUUUAUACUCCCUUGAUACACAACUGUUAGACUGACCUAACAGUACAUGUAUGGGUUUAGCAAUUCUUGUUCUAGACAACAAGCACUUUUCAUUUUUCCAGAACCCUUUCAAAUGUUUUACACACACACAUUGACAUAUAUGGACAUUUUACAUACAUAGAGAUGUUUUGCUUAAAUAUGUAUAUAUACACACAUAUGUGUGUGUACAUAUAUAUGCAUCUGCAGAUUCUUAGUAAAACUGAACACAUUUCAAGAAGGGCUUGCAUCUUGAAUACUUAGGGUGGUGUAUUAGUGUAUAUGUUUAAAAGGUAAGGAGGAAAAAAGCAUUUUGUUUGCUUCUGUUUAGAGCUGAGAAACGGGUUUGAGGAAAAACUAGGAAGUAUGUUCAAAUUGCAUUUUACCCUGUUUCUGGUUUGAAAGGCACAAGCUGUUAAUCAUUGGAACUUGAAAGGUCAGCAAGCGUAUUUUAAGCUAAACCUUUUGGAGGACCCAAUAUGCUUUUAGUUUGCAAGGACCACUAAAGAUCUGGGCAUUUACUUUCUCCAUAAUGUAUUCUGUAUGAGUAUUUAGUAUGUAUGCCUUCAAUUUGCCAAUGUUGCCAUGUUUUCUUCUUAAUUAUUCACAAAAUAAAGAUUGAAAAUAGCAAAA